AUGCCUGAAGAGGCAUUCCAGAACAGCCAGCUGGUUAUCGAGUGCUUUCAUUCUGAAGGACUAACACUCACUGGCGCCGCUGCUGCAAAUCUGUCCUACAUGUCGCAGUUCAUCCUUCUUGCCACAGCUUGUGGUCGAACAAUUGCUCAUGGUCAACAAUCCGCGGUGGAACAAACCUACGGCGAUCCGCUACAAAGCUUUAUGGACCGGCACGAGUGGCUUGACACCCUGCUCAGCCAGCGCCUGCAGGCUAUUUCCCCGAUUUCGCGGCCCAGAGACCCUCUAUUUUUCUUUUCACAUAUGAUGGCUCAAUGCACAAUUCUGAAGCUAUACAAGGUCCUUCAAUGCAAUUUUAGCAGCGUGAACGAUCCAGACUCAAAAAUGCUAUUGGAAUACCGGCAACGUGCAAUAGCAGCUGCUGAUAAGAUUGUCGGCUACGCGGGACAUUUAGAUCAAUUCAAUUUAUUCAAAGUUCACCCGUUUACUCCAUUUACCAUCUAUCUUUGCGCCGAUUUCUUUCUCAGCAAUAUUAAUAUAGAUCCUGUUUUUGAGAUACAUUACCUCGAAAUGACACAAGUUCUAUGUGACCUAGCAAGCAUGAACCAACUAGCUGAGUACUGUACGGAUCUCUUGACGUCUGAGAGCACGGCGAGCGAAUUUAGGCCGUGGAAAACCGAAAAGACUGACGCUAUUGAUAUCAUGGACACUGUUCCAUUGUUGGAGAUGGAUGACUGUCAGUUUUCCACGGAAGAUAUACAAGCUUUUGAGGCUUUCGCGUCGUCCCUAAACUAG